AUGUACGAAUCAACCACCUUCCACAGCAUUCCCAGUUCACUUCACAGAGCAGUGUCUCCUGGCAGCUCCCCAGUAUCAGGCCUCACUACAGAAUCAACCACCUUCCACAGGUCUCCUGUCAGCUCCCCGACAUCAGGCCUCCCUUCACAAGCCUCCACUUCUCACAGCAUUCCCGGUUCACUGUACACAACAGUGUCUCCUGGCAGCUCCCCAACAUCAGGCCUCUCUUCACGAGCCUCCACUUCUCACAGCAUUCCCAGUUCACUUCACACUACAGUGUCUCUUGGCAGAUCUUCAACAUUAGGCCUCCCUUCGCAAUCCUCCACCUCCCAUGACAUUCCUGGUUCACUUCACACAACAGUGUCUCCUGGCAGCUCUACGUCAGGCCUCCCUUCACAAUCCUCCACCUCCCAUACCAUUCCCGAUUCAACUCACACUACAGCGUUAACAGAGCAGUGCCAAGAUGGAAAAGUUUGGAAUGGAAUACAGUGUGUCUGUCCCCAAGGCUACUUUGGUCACCAGUGCCUGACCCCAUUGGAAUACUUCCACAUAGAGGUUCCGGGAAAAAUCAACGCCACUUUAGGCGUGAUCGUGAAAGUGACUUACAGGAUUUUCACAGAAGAUCUGAAUAACACAGCUUCUCAGGCGUACUUGAAUUUUGUUGAACUAUUCAAGAAAGAGAUGGAUAAAGUUUACUCGGGCAAUGACCUUCCCCAAUAUGGAGGUGUCAUCAUUAAAGAACUUCUCAAAGGCAGCAUCGUGGUGAAAUACGACAUCCUCCUGGAAAUGAACUACACUGCCGAGUAUUGGGAACGCUUUGCGGACCUCACUGAGAUUGUAACAGCCAAGACUAGGAAUGAAACCAAAAAAUUUCCUGAGGACCCCGCCUUGUGCUAUGACUCUAUCCUGUGCUACAGUGAGGUAGCCACCUUCGUGGACAAGACCGUGAAGCUGGGCUUUGACUUCCAAGAGCAAUGCACCCAGAAGGCUGCCAAGGAAUUCGCACAGUUCUACUAUGUGGACAUUCUGGAUGGGCAACAGGCCUGUGUGACCAAGUGUACCCAGGGGACCAAGUCACAAUUGGACUGUCAUGGAGGCAUGUGCCAGCUGCAGCGCAGUGGCCCCCGCUGCCUGUGCCCAAAUGUGAACACACACUGGUACUGGGGAGAGACUUGUGAGUUUAGCAUCAGCAAGAGCCUUGUGUAUGGGGUCGUGGGCACCGUGGUGGCUGUACUGCUGAUUGCACUGGUCGUCCUGAUCGUCUUACUUGGCCUGUCCCAGAGAAAACUUCACAGGGGAAAGUGCGAUGUGUCUCCGGAGUGGAAACAAGAAGAUGUUGCUGGCACCUUCCGGAACACAGGCAUCUGGGAAGAAAAUAAUCUGAAGGAAGACAGAUAUGGGCUUGAGAACACCUACAGCCAGUUUCGGCCCUCCUUGGGGCAUGUGGACCCCACCACAGAGCUCCACAUCCAGAGGCCCAACGUGGUGACGCCUACUCCAUGA